AACCGCACACGGUAUCCAGUGGUGGUGUUUUGUUUAGACGCUCUCGGGUAUUUCGGAUUUUAGGGCGUGGCCUGGAUUCAACUCAAAGCAUGGAGAAGUGGGCGUGGCCACGUGCGCAAUACGUCGCAGCGUUAUUCACCUGAGCCGCCGCGUAUAUAAAGUCCAAGACCUCAAGAGGAAACGCUAAAAUCGAGUCGAGACUGCAGCCUCAUCAUCAUCAUCAUCAUCGUCAUCCUUAAUCAACUUCCUCAUCGUCCUUAUCAUCAUCAUCAUCAUCAUCAUCUGGUCCGAGUCCUUCUCCCAGAGCCAUGCGCGUGCACAAGGAGGAAUCGCGCAGCCUGGUGUUUUUGGUGUGCUUUCUGAUGAAGACAAGCGCUGCUAUAAAGAACGACGCCACGGAGAUUGUGUACCCGCGCAUGGCGGAGGAUCCCGCUGAAGAACCGGCGGAUGAGUCGGACCUGAAUCGUGCGCGUGGCGGAGGCACCUGGUCCGAGAGCGCGGCGCGGGAUCGAGCCGUUCCAGAUCCAGGUCCGAUGGGCUGCCGAGAACUGCGCUCCACGAAGUACAUCUCGGAUGGCCAGUGCACCAGCAUUAACCCCAUUAAAGAACUGGUGUGUGCUGGAGAGUGCCUCGCUGCCCAGAUGCUCCCUAACUGGAUAGCGGGAUAUGGUAAAAAGCCGAGGAGCCGCCGAGGCAGCCAGGACUGGCGCUGUGUCAAUGACAAGACCCGAACCGAACGUAUUCAGCUGCAGUGCCAGGAUGGCAGCACCAGGACCUACAAGAUCACAGUGGUGACUGGCUGCAAGUGUAAGCGUUACCUGAAACAGCACAACGAAUCAGCGAACAAGUCUGAGAGCAUCACGCAACGCCAGCAGGUCCACAAGCCCAAAAGCAAGAGGAAGCACCGGAAUAGCAAGGUGAAAGGGAACUGGCACGAGUCGGAGUCCUGAGGCACCGAAAGUAAUGUAAAAAAAAAAAAAAAAGACUUUGGACUACCUGUGAAAGAAGGACUACAGAGCUAAAGAGCUCAGAGGCAGUGUGCAUUGAAUAUAAGGAUAAAAAAGUUUGAUGCCUAUUUCAGAUGAAGUGGCUUCAAGCUCUGCCUCCAGCAAAGUGCCACACAACCACUGCUCAUGCUUCCUAUACACUCCAUAAUGACUGUCAGUUUGGCAUUUCACUAUAUUAAAAUGAUCACCUGACCAUGACCCUGUCUCUCUGCGAGAAAUCAUAUCGUACCACUGGCUGUAAUAUGCAUUGAAAGUCAGAAAACCCUGAAUAUCUCAUGUUUGAGAACAGCUGUGUAAAUAAAUACAGUCCCUGUGUGUAAUGUGUGUAAAUACAAAGCAUUUUCAUAUGUAACUGCAAGAUAUUUACUUCUUGUUAGCAAGUAUACGUUGAUGUAAUAUAUUCAUGUGGUUCAUCUAAUCUUUCAUAUACGUGUUGUAAUUUUAUGCAGGCAUUAUAUUGCACUAUUUCAUACGAUGGCGAUUUCGCUGUUUCGGCAUAAAAAGUAUUAAAUGGUCAAAUUUUA